GUUCUCAAGUUCUCAAGAUGGCGACUGUAACUGCCCUGUCUCGAUCUGGUCUAACACAUUAGCUGACCUACUUGCAUGGCCAUUUUUUAGAGGAAAGCUGGAAUAAUUUGAAACCAUGGAAUUCACGCCCAUCAAUCCCUGAGCCUUGUCAUGCUCCAUGCAUUAAGAUGUCAUCCAAAAAGUUGCGGCGUGUUCCUGGAAUACGACCCGAAAUGGUGGAAAGACUUGCAAAGCAUCAGAUAAUCACUUGCAAGGAUUUGCUGCAGAGAAACCACUUGGAGCUUCUUAAGUUUACUGGAACAAGUUAUCAAGAAGUUUUAGAAAUUCAGAGAGCUGUUGGUAAAGCCAUCAUCCCAAAAGUGCAAACAGCCCUUGCCCUGUUUCAAAGAUCCAACAGUCAGAAAUCAUUCCUUCCAACAACACUUGAUGAUCUUGAUACUGCACUGCAUGGAGGGCUGACUUGUGGUACAAUCACAGAGAUAGCAGGCCCAGCAGGAUGUGGUAAAACACAAUUCUGUAUUAUGCUCAGUGUGCUGGCCACCUUACCUUAUGACAGAAGUGGACUAGAUGGCAAUGUUAUCUACAUUGACACAGAGGCAGCGUUCAGUGCAACAAGAUUGAUUGAAAUGGCGUCCAAUCGGUUUCCAGAUCUUUUCAACUCAAACGAGUCACUGCUUCAACUGUCAGAGAGGAUACAUGUUUGCUGGGAAUCAACCUGCAGCUCAUUAUGGGAUAGGCUUCAGAGACUCGAAGAGGAGGUUAUAUCCAAACGUGUAAAGCUGAUCAUCUUGGACUCCGUUGCUUCGCUUGUUAGGAAAGAAUUUGACAGCAGGUUGUUCAAAAACUUGAAUGAAAGAACGGCCCUUCUUUCUAAAGAAGCGGCAAUUUUGAAGUAUCUCGCUGAGACGUUCCAUAUUCCGGUUGUCGUUACUAAUCAAAUCACCACUCGUUUUAUUGGUGCGGGGAGUUCCAGCGGAAACGAGGUUUUGCAGGACGUCGACGGCGCAGACGUUGAACCCGAGGAGGAGGAUGGUAGUCACGUGACCGCUGCGCUAGGUAACACGUGGUCGCAUGCAGUGAAUACUCGUCUGAUUGUACAGUAUUUGGACGAGAGAUUUCGUCAGGUUUUGAUUUCCAAAUCUCCAGUGGCUCCAUUUGCUUCGUUUGUUUACACGAUACACGCCCAAGGAUUGGUUUUGGAAUGUCAAGAUACAAACGGGAACCGCCUUGAUAUUGGCGGAAAUCCCUCCUUACAGCCUAUCCAGGUUCGUUCAGCUUUCUGACAGAUCGCAAUAGAGCGGUCUUCUUCAGGGAAGUUCAUCGGCGAUCGUGUUGUACCAUUCCGAAAUCGCACAACCACUGUCAUGAGCUGGUUGUCGUUUGAUCAUCUUCUGUCUCAAUAUCUGGGGGGGAGGGGGAUGGUACACACACCUUAAUUUUUGCCCAGGUACCUGAAAAGAAGAGGGCUUCAAAGUCUCAAAAACUUAUACACAUAUUGAGAUCGAAUUUUAGGCGAAUCGGUGGGCCGUUAAAAAAAGGAAAAAUUAUAAAAAAAUCAAGAAAAAUUAAAAAGAGUAAUCGAAGCUA